AGGAACAGACGGUUACAGUUACACUUUCAAUCUUCAAGUUUCAGGAACCACAUCAAAUUGUGUGAAUUUCAUCAGGAUGGGAAAAUCUGGGUUUUCAUCCCUGAAGGCUCUCAAGGGUAUGGCUUUGCAUCCUUCACCUCUUAUUUUAAGAAAACUUUUGAUUUUCUUCAAACAUUGGUUCCCCCUCCCCCUCCUUUUUUGGAUAUGGCUGUGGUGUGUGCCUCGAUUUCUAAACCAGCAUACCAACCACCUAUUUCCAUCUCUGCAACUCUUCUCUCUUGUGAAUUACCCGGUAUUGAUUCCCAUAAGCCUUUAGAGAGUACAACCUUUCAAUCUUCAUGCUUGUUAUCAGCGCAUGAAUCUUUCCCUCCCCCAAUCUUGCCCCAACCUCGUGCGAACUCACUCUCAGCUUCUGCUCAAGAAUUCACCCCUAGAAAUCCUGAUCCUACCACACUAGCCAACCCCCCUCACUUCUUAGGAUGCUCUAAUUCAGACAAUGACCUGUAUUCUUCACAAUGGGGUUAUAAUGUGUGUUAUAACUCCGGGCCUGAGAUCAAACUUUCUGGCACCAGGCCUGAGAUCAAACUUUCGGGAAAAGCUUUUAAACCUCCUUCAUCCGAAGAGGAAUGGGAGACAGAUAAAGGUUCUGAAGACGAAGAUUGGCAUGCUAAAAAAGAGGCAAACUUAAAGAGAAAUAAUAAAAAAUUCAACCAAAUUUGCUUGCAAAUCCAGGAUUCUUCACUCCCAAGAAGAAGGAGUAAACGCCUCUCCGAUUUGAAAGCUCGAAAUAAAGACCUGUAUUAAGUUGGUUUGAGUAGAUUGUUACAAUUACUAUGAUUCUCUCUUUUUUACUCAAUUGAUUAUCAACACAUUUUGGAGUUACUUGGUUUGUUUUCCGGAUUGCUUCUUUUGAAAUUACUUCAAAGAUUGGUGAAACCAGAAUGCAUUUGUUAAGGCCAUUUUAGGAUUCAUGUUUUUGGCUCUCGCCACUAAAAUUCAGAACACUUGGUUUAUUUCUCUGGAAUGGAACUUGCAGCUGGAAUUUGGAAGCAGAUUUUUGGUACUGCAUCAGUUGUGUCCUAGCAUUUCCUUUAAGGGCAAUCUCUUGGUAUCCAUGGAGGGCGUCAGGAUUUCUAGCACUCUCAAAUGAUGGACUUCACUAACAGAAUCCACUUCAACAUGGGACAUUGGAGUUGUAUUUUGCAAGUAUCCAUAAACUCUACUCCAAAUGGAAGAAGACAAUUACAAGUUGGGUCGGGAAGCACCCACUUUCUAGUACUUGGUUUUAUGUAUUUGCCUUUUGGAGUUUUGGUGUUUGUUUCUUUUUCCUUCGUAUGUCCUUUUGUAUUUGAUACCUUGGCCAACUUGUUGGGGUAUGGGCCACCCCCUCCUUUUGUAUUUUGAAUUUUAAUAAAAUAAUCCUUUAUAU